AUGGAAGCAUGUGCAUGGAGGAUACAUGCUUCAAGGUUAACUGACAAGAUAAGUUGGGCCAUAAAGACUAUCAAGGGGGAACACACAGCCUGUGGAAGGUUGGAGGAGAAGCCCAUGAUAUCUUCAAGUUGGUCGUGUAAGCACCUACUUGAUGUGAUUAAAAGCAGUCCUGAAAUUCCAAUGGAAGCUUUACAAAAGAUCACCCAAGAGAGUUUUAGGGUGAUAGUGAAGAAAAGACUAUUUUAUAAAGUGAAGGUGAUGGCCAAGGAGCAGAUCUAUGGGGGUUUUGCUGAGGCUUAUAGCUUGCUGCCUAGGUAUGCAGAGGUUAUUAAAGCCACCAACCCAGGAUCAUAUUCCUUGAUAAGUUGGACAGGGAGCACAGGUCAGGUUGCACCUAGGUUCAAGCUAAGGCUUGUUUUCUCCUUUGCUGCCCAAGUCAGAGGAUUCUUAAGGGGCUAUAGGCCUUUGAUAGGCAUUGAUGGGGCACAUUUGAGUGGAUACUAUAAGGGGAUCUUGUGCGCUCUUGGUGUGGAUGGUAAUAAUGAGAUUUUUUUUAUUGCCUAUGGGAUAGUUGACACUGAGAGUCUAAAAUCUUGGGAAUACUUCUUUAGGAAUUUGAAGAUUUGCUUUGAGAAGAAAGGUGCACCAAGGAUGACUGCAAAUGCCUACAACAACUAUGUCUUCAACAAGGCUAUGGAGAAGAUUAUGGCUUUUGAUGCUGAUGCUGCAGCAUACUUAGACACCACAUCAGAGCAAGUUUGGUCCAUGAAGAUAAUUGGUGCAAGGUUUGACAAGGCCGUUGACAUGGAGUCAGGGCAGUUGACUGAUUAUGCUACAAAGGUCCUUAAAACCAGGAGUGGGGAAUCAAGGUUCUGUCAUGCUACACCAUGUGGAGGAGGAGAGUUUGAAGUGACAGAUGAGCAUGUCAAUUUUCCAACCAAUUUGGAAGGCUCAGUUGUGGUGUGGCAAGUGGCAAGGUUGUGGGAUCCCUUGCAAGCAUGCCUUGAGGGUCAUGUACAAUCAGAGGAUUGA